GAUUAUGGAAUCCUUGAUAACUCUGUUAUCAAAAUGGUGCCUAUGGCUCGAACAAAUGCAAACGUACGUUUUUAUAUUUUUGCUAGUAACUAAUAACGGUAGUUGGUGUCCACGUAAUCACAACGUAAUCAUCCAAUGCUAGUGUCGUGGAAUAUUUUUUCACGAGUGAAAUUGUCACACAAUUGUGUUAGACAAUUAAAAAUAAUUAAGGGCGCGCUGCAAUUUCGGCAGAUUGGUUUAUCUCAUCAACCACCCAAAACCUUAUAGUUUUUCCGGUACUUCAGAAUAUACUUAUUUUAGAACCACUAAGUAUUUUAACAAAAUACAAAACAAGCGUAACUCCAAAAAUCGAUAGCAUUUUUUUAUAUUUAUCAACGUUCGUAAACUAUGUUUUAUAUCCUGAUGACUGAAAUAUAGUCGAAACGUUGAUAAAUCUGAUAAAAAUGUUAUCGAUCUUUGGAGUUACAUUUGUUUUGUAUUCAGAACGUUCUGACAAACCAAUUUACUUAAUGUUUUUUAACUUGUAUCAUAGUAUUAAUUUUGUAUUUGAACGAAAUUUAGUUAUUAAAGCUUGGCUCAAAACCUAGCCUAAACAUCGACGAAGAUGCAUUAACGCCUGGACCUAAGCCAGAACUCUUGCAAGAUGGACACUUGCAUGAAAUACAGAAAGCCGUUCAUGAGGAAGCUAAGAUCUUCAAGAGAAGAGAAGACUUUUUAGGAUUAUUUAAGGUAAAAUAUUGUCCACAAAAAAUAAAAAAAUUGUCACCCGAGUCAGACUUGGAGAAAGUGUUCAAUGUUGCUAACAUCCUGAAUUUGUUUUUUCGAUAUUCCUCAAAAGUGCGUAUGAAAAGUCUGCACUUUGUAACAUAAUACGCCACUAUGUACGUAAGUGUAACCCUUAACCGUGGUGUAACAAUAAAGUACUGUAUUUCUGUUACAUGAUUGUAUAUUUAUUAUUAUAUUACAAAAUAAGGAUUCUCCCAUAAAGUAUAUGUAUGAAAAAUUAAAGAGGUUCCUCAAUUUUGUUGCUAAAGCCAAUAGUGUUCUUCAAGAUCCCAUGCAAGAUCGCCCUUUUUCCAAGUACUAGAUACUUCAACUCAAAACCCAAAUUAAAUAUAUUUCUAGGCGUUACUUUGGAUUCAUUUCCUCGCUGUAUUCAUGGCGUUUUCCAGUUAUUUCUGGUACUCAGGAUUUUGGUCCGGUAAGCAAACUCUGAUCUCAAGGAAGCUUCUUUUGGUAUUCUAAACCGGUCUUUAAAUUCUAGUUUCUUUACGACUUUUAGGUGUUUUAAUGUUGUUUGGAUUGUAUUACUGUCCCACGUACUCCAAAAUGGCUGGCUUUGUUGGACGAAACAACAUCAGGUGAAGAUAUAUAACCAGAACUUAUCAAUCUUCAAUCUUUAACCAAGCCGUUUCUGCGUUGCCAAACUCGCUAAUAUGUACAUUAAAGAACACGGCUUUUUUAAGUGGUUACACAUAUCCUGGACCAAGUAUAUAAUAUCAAUUUUCUGAUAUUAUUUAGUAACUACCAUUUCCUGAUGUUUUAUGGCAUUGGAUCAGCGUUUCAUUUUACUGCAUCUCUUCUUAUGGGCGUUUACCUUGUGUUAGAAGUACAGGUACAAUAAAGAAACACAAUAAAUAAUACCAUACGAUUUUACUAAAUUUACUUUAUGAUUAUGUCCAUACUGACACGAUGUCCGUAUUUGUUUUUAUAUUUUCUAGUCCUACGCCUGUGGAGAAGCUGAAAGUACGUGUAAUCGACAAAAAGAAGUGCUUACAUGGUCAGGUAUAAAAACAACUGCAAAGGUCGGAUAUAGUCUGUAAAUGUUUCUUUUUCAAAACUUUGAUGAGCGUAUACAUUUCGAAUAAACGAUCUUUUUGGUGUUGAACACUGUUAGGUAAUGCAUGCCUGAUGUUGGAUUGGGUUUGACUUUGUUUAACAUUUUCAUCCAAUAUUCUGCAACAGUGUUAGACGAUGUUCGACUCGUUCGAAUGGGGCUUUAAUAUACCUACAGUAUAAUAUACCUGAUACCUACAGUAUCCUCCACGUGCCUCGUGGCACGCAGGGCCUUCACAGAGCUUUUCCACCUCUCCCUAUCAGCUGCUACUACCCUCAUCCAAAGAACCCCAUCCAGCUUCUCUUUUUCAACUGUCCUCCUUCAUAUGGUUUUAGACCUUCUUUUUCGUCUCUUUCCCUCUGGUGCCCAUGUCAUAUCCUCAUUGCAAUCGCUAUCUCGAUCUUGUCUCAGAAUAUGACCAGUUAUUUUCCAUCUUCUUGAUUUGACUUCCUCUCUUAGCGACUUCAUUCGUGCUCUUUCCAGUAACCCCUCAGUUCUGACAUGGUCUUCCCAUCUGAUGCGCACUAUACAACGCAAACACCUCAUUGUUUAUCUUCCAAGUAUCUUCUUCAUCUGCACAAAAUUUAACAUUGAUGUUUUAAUAUUUAUAGUUGUAUUUUACUUGGGCCACGCUGCUUUCCUACUCGCAAGUUUCAUACUUGUUUUGCUGUUGUUCAGAAACUUUCAGUACGAGGUAAUGGUACCUUAAUUUACAUUAUACAUUCAGUCCGAGUCUGUCCGACUCAAAAUCUCAUCAUUACAUAUAACAAGACUAUAGUCAGAUUCCCUAUCGUAUUUCUGCUUCGACAGGUGGGUGAUAUAAUAGUGGACAAUUUAGUCCAAUCUCGAGAUCUUGAUAAAGUAUUAAGAAGUGCCAAGUUGGGUGGGAUAAAAGAAAGAAGAAAUGCUGCAUUUGAAAUGGUUAGCCUUGUUGCAAGUAACACUGAAACCAAGAUGGCGCUUGUGAAUGAAGGAGGGUAAGUAUUCACAUCUUAUAUAGUUCUGAUACAGUUAGUAUUUCCUGUGAUUCUGAACAUUAAGUAAUGGGAGUAAUGGCUAUAUGGUUUUCUAUAAGUCGAGCUAAGCGAUCAGAGACAUGUAAAUUUUUUGACGAGCGAAUUAAAUUUCUAUUUCAGAUUACAAGUUUUGAUUAACUUGGCUCUGUCCACAGAUUCAGUGAGUAGAAUCGGCAUUUCUUAUUCCGGCAAUUUCUUUGAAAAGUAACGUGUAAUUAAGAUCAGAUAGUUUAAAGAUAUACGGUAACAACAUCAACAUAUUUUUAUCAAUAGGCAACACAAGAGUACGCGACAGAGGCAAUUUCAGAGAUGUUAACUGUACCUAGUAUCCAGGUGAAAUUACUAUCUGUUUUGUUACAAUCCAAUUAAAUUCACUAUGUGAUGUAGUAUGCGCUUUUCAACAAUAUUUAAUAUUAAUGAUUGUUUUGCUUUUGUGCAAAUACCAAUGCAAAGCUUUCAGUCCAUAAAUCUUCAUUCAGCAAGGGUGGAAAUUUGCAUUUCUGAGGUCAUAUCUAUAGUACAGGUCAGAAUUUUCCCUUUAAAAGUCUUCUUUAUCUUUUUUUCUUGGGGAAAUAUUUUCUGGGAACUCAUUGGUCCCGUGGUUCUACCCCCGCUUCAUUAAUGCAAAUUGUCAGACCACUUAGACUAGAACUGAUCAGUUCCUGAACAAUACCGGUUUCUCCUAAAAAGAUCUUGAACAGUUAAUCUAUUCUUCUUGUUAUAAUAUUAUCAUACAUCUAUCAUGUAGGCGGAGCGGAACUGUUUAAUUGUUUUUGUACGUAAUUGUAAACCAAUGUUUUCCCUUGCCCGUUGAAGACUGCAGACUGGCAGUCGAAAGCUCGUUUCAAUAGAUUUUUAAAAACCAGAGAACGUCCAAACUAUCAAUAGAACUGAGUUACCUGACAUAUCAGAACUAUUGUUUAUAGGCAAAGUUUGUAGAGGCAGGUGGCAUCCGUACUCUAUGUGCUUUACUACGAAGCAGUGAUAUGCGUGUGGUGACUGAAGCUGUAACAGCUAUGUCGUAUAUUGUCGCUGAUAAUGAAGCAAAUAGACUGUCAUUCAUCACUGAGAACGGGUGAGGUGUUUACUUCAAGUAUUUAUUGUUCACAGUGGCCGGGCGAAUUUAGGUUGCCGCCACCACCUUUUGUUGCUGGAAAUCUUAGUUCUUUAAACUUGCAAUAUAUAGCUUAAUCUAUAGCUUACUAUUGUUUCAUGGUCGAAAAAUAAUUAUCAAAGUUUUGUUACCCAGUUAUUCAGAUAUCAAGCAAAUGUUUCCGGAAAUUAUUUGGGGGGGGGGGGGGCAGUUGCCUCCUUCCUCCCCAGUAUCCGCCACUGAUUGUUUCUGUGGAUAUAUGAUGGUGGUGGUAGUGAUGAUGAGUAUUUUCACAAUAUUGUUUUAGGUUAAAUGAUCUCUCUCACGUUUCAACUAAAGGUAAAACUAAUGGUUUUUCUGACGGCAUAUCAGAUCUCGCUAAGUUUGCUGUCUCACUAAUUGGGCUUUGCGUUUGCUUGUCUUAAACUGCACACUAGUUUUACUUGAAAUAUUUUUUCGUUAUUCUAGUAUCUGCACCACUUUCAAGAAUCGUUGCCGGAAUGUUCCUUGAGUUGGCAUUCAGUUCAGAAAUUCGCUCGAUUAUGUCAACACAAAAUGCCCCAGGUAUACUAACUUUACAUCCAUAGUAAUAACUCUGCAGGCAUGGACAGUUUCAACCGACUGUUACUAUGCUAAUUUAUCAACAAGCUGAAUAUUUAAUGACUAAACGUGCUACUAUCUUUUCUUUCUUUUAGUUCACGCAUUAUUAUCGCUUUCCAAAGCUGAUGACCACGAGACACUUCGUUUGGCCUUGCAAACUCUAGAACUUCUGGCAAUAGAAAAUCCGACUGUCAUAUUGGCUAAUGUAUGUCGAUUUUUGAAUGAGAGAUGACGCUUAUACACGCAUCUCACAGCUUGUCAACACGAUGUGUUCGCACUGCUUGUUCCCAGUUGUUACAAGUCUGGAACAAGUGGUUAUCAUCUUGUAACAACGUUGAUGAGGCCACGUGAACAGACUUACAACAAGUUGUUUCAACAAGUCUGACAUCGUUUACACGUAACAACUUGAUGACAACAAGCUCGUAGCAACUUGUUACGAACAGUCAGUAUUAGUCUUGUUGGAACAACUUGUAGUAAGUCUAUUACCGUCAUCAACAUUGUAACAAGGUUAUAACAACUUUCUUCAGGCUUAUCGCAACAACUGGGAACAAGCAGUGCGAACAUAGCGUCUUAACAACAAAUUUGUUACAACUUGUUUGCAGAUCUGUAACAACAUGUGCAUUUUUUGUGUGUAGUACCAACAACAUUCAAUUAAAAUUGUAUUAACCUUUUCAAUAGAACAACUUGCUUCUACAACUUCUGUCUGUACCAAAGUUUGAAAAAGACGAACAACUUUACCUUUUGGCUGGGAAAAUAAUAUUAUACUAUGCUUCGGAUGAAAACGUAUGUUUGAAUCUGUUCAUUUCAGCAUCUUGUUCAUUGUGUGAAUGAAUGCAUGACUGUAAAUUUGUGUCAUUAAUAUUUAUACUUAGUCUACCACAACCUGUAUUCGUCUAGGGUUGUUCCAAGCUGGUAGAGUCAGGCGAACUAAAACCAACCCUGCUUCAGUUUUCACACACGACGAAUGUGGCUCUGCAAACGGUCAUUGCUAAGAUAGUGUUGGCUGUAGUUGAUUCUUAUGAAAAUAAGUAAGUAUAGAGCUACGAUUAAAUAUUGCAAUUAUUCAGACCAAAUGUUUCGGACUGGUUGUGAGACAUCUAUUUUUCUUAAGCUCAAAUUUCUGCUCCAUCAAACAUCGACAUGCACGUUGGGGAAACAAAAUUUCUUUCCCAAGCAUACAAAAAUGGAAAUUCGGCAGCCUCGCUCCCAGGCUCUUCCACAAGAGGGAAGAGCCUGGGAACGAGGUUGGAAAUUCGGAAACAUCUGGUGUUUUCCACGUGUGAGCUUUGUUGUGGAAACAAUGUUUCCUGAUUUGAGCACCUUCAGAAAACGUAGCUAGGAGUUCGCCCACUUUCAAGAAACAUAUAAAUAAAUAUACAUUGUCAUUUCCUUAUCACUUUCUAGCAGAACUCGAGGCUUUUUCAGUACGUCAUUCAAUACUUUCAACAUACCUUUUAGGGAUACGAUUCUCGAGAUGAGCCUAGAUGAAGUAUUACUUAAUAUCCACGAUACCACAGACAAUACAGCGUCGGAAUUAACAGACCAAGCAUUGACCAUCUUAAAAGACAUUGCACCAUACAGUAAGAAAUCUGAAGGUAGCACAAUACAGUCUGAUGAUGGCAGUGGACCAAGCACAAGUCAGCCAUCUGAUAAAUCAGGACCUGUGAAGAGAAAAUGAAAUAUUUUUUUAAGCCAUUGAGUCUAUUGCUAUAGAAGAAGAACUCAUCUAAAAGUGUAGUGAAACCUAGCUUACAACACCACUUGUGAGCUGUUCUUAUUCUUUCUGUCUUGAUCGUUCAGUAACGGAGACUCAAUUCUUAAAACAUUUCAACUGAAGUCUGCAAGAUGUUUUUUGAAAUGCGGGGAUAGCGUUUGAGUGGUAAAUUAAACGGCAAGCGGGAAGAAAAAAGGCAGGAUUCCGAGAAGUCGCGUAACGAGAAUAAUCUGUAUCUGCAGCAAAAAAGUAACAUAGAGAAAAGUAUAAGAAACUUGAAAAUGGGAUUAGGAAUUUAAAAACCUUAUUGUAGAAUCUCUUAUGCUUGUAGCAACUCUUUGGUGUUUGUAACUGUAAGACUUGGUCCUGACUAAUGUACAUAGCUCAAAAAGAAAAACAGGUAAUACUGUCAAUGGAUUGAUUCCUUAGUUGUUGUACAUCUAGAUGACUGCAUCGUUGAUUGGAUUAACCCCUUUUAAGUCAUUACGGUAAUUAUACUUAUUUUUGAACAAAAAUAUAAUUAUUACAAUUAUCUAAUUAUAAUAAUUAUAAGUACAUUAUAUUAUUACAUUAUUUAUUACAUUGUUAUUGAUCACAUUAUUAUUUUUUAUAUUAAAAAAUAAAUUAAAAGAUAGUUACCUGUCUCAGAAAUUCACCAGUUUUUAAACAUAAGACAAAAAUAUCAAUCUUCCAGUUUUUUCAAAGCGGUCAAACCGGACUUCUUAAGAAACGUGUUAUUCUCCUUCAAUAUUUGUUUAAAAG